AUGAUGUUCAGGGGCUACAUGCAUUUUGUCGUGGUGCUUUUAGUUCUCUUCCCAAUUCGCUGCGCCGAGAACAACGUAGCCUCUGGGCCGGAUUUGAACGCUACAAGCCAGCUUGGCGAGGAAACGGGUUCGUAUCCCAACUCAACACUACGAAAUGAUUCUUCUGAGAACUGUUCUUUUGCCACCGCCAACAGGUCAGUUUUAGGAGAGUGUGUCGAUUCAAACGUUCGCGAAUGUCUGCAGAAGGAGCUCCCAACGCCCUUUCCUCUUCAGAAGUAUGUCUCUGCCGAUAGAUAUCUUAUGUUAUACGCAGGCAUCACUAUAUGUCUGGGCGUGUGGUCUGUCGUGGCAAACAGCCUCCCGCUAGCGGCCAUCGUCAAGUAUGAGCAGCUCCACACGCCCGCUUAUAUGCUCAUGGCUAACCUUGCAGCAGGAGACGUCCUAGCCGGUAUGGUGUUCAUAGUGGGAUGUAGUUCACAAGUAUACGUUAUACAAACUGAGACCCUCCCCUCAAAUUUCAUGCUAAACCUCCGCCUGUCUUCGCUCCUAUUCUCGGGGAUGUCCUCCGCCUACGGUGUCAUGUCCCUGACCGCUGAGCGCUACUGGUUCAUCGUGCACGGGAUGAGCUACGUCAACAACGUCACCAACGCCAGGUGCAAGGUCGUCAUCGUUGUCGUGUGGGUCUGGUCACUCCUGAUGGCGAUACUGCCCCACCUUGACUCGCACUGUACGGGGCGUUUUGACGAAGAGUGUGUCCCGCUAGGUGCAGGGUUGUCCCGAAGCUACGUGAUCGCGGUCCUGGUGUUUGUUUUCAUCCCGAUGGCCGUGAUCUUUCUCUUCAACCUGGGGAUCUUCUGGUGUUUGUGGAAGCACGUCAACGCCAUCGCUGCACAAGAAGCCGCGGUAGGCGCCCAGCCCAGCGUCAACAGGAAAUCCGCCAUUACCAUCAUCAUCAUCACCGUCGUGUUCCUGGUUGGAUGGAUGCCGUUCUUCAUCAAAGUGGCCCAGAUGUCUAAGGACAUGGUUUCCGUGUAUAAAACGUUGAUUUUCAUCAGUCUGAACUCUGCAGUCAACCCCGUUAUCUACGGGUUCCGUCUGAAGGAGGUUCGUCGCAGCGUUGCAAGACUUUUCGGGGCUAAUCAGUACUAGUGAUGUUACCGAGGUGGCCGUCAAAA